AUGCCGGAUUUGAAAGUGGAUUAUAAGUGCAUUGAAAACAAUUUGAAGGCUUUUCUGAGCGAUAGGAGUCUUACGAGUGAUUUACAAAUACUCAAUGACUUGUCCGUCAAACCAAUCAAAUACGCGAAUCCAGAGCUCAUCAAACUCUUCAUCCGUAAUCAUAAUGAUGACAAAGAGCUGAAGUCACCGGUGGAUCUGAUCGAUGGCAAUACGGACCUAAUCACCAAUGAAUACGAGGGCGGAUACAAGAUAUGGGAGGGUCUGCACGAUCUGAUCGACUAUUUUAUUGAUUUUAAAGUUGUCGACAACUUUGCCAAUCAUCAGGGUCUCCAUGUGUUGGAAACUGUCAACCCGACGCCAAGACCAAACCGCAGGUAUAUGACGAGGUUCUUCACCGGUUUCCGAGUGAAGAUAGACGUUCUGAUCAACGAAGAUGUGAUCAAAUACUUCACAGCAGUUAAUGUGGUGCUGAACAGUGAUCUCGCAGACAGUCACCACAGAGACUCUCACUUUCAUUAUCUGUACGGCGACUGGUGUGCCAUCGCUGACGACAUCGACUCUUCGGGCGUUAAAUACGAUUUGAUAUUCACGUCGGAAACGCUGUAUAAUUGCGAUAAUUACGAGAAGUUAUGCAAAGUUUUUAAGUCGAGUUUAACGCCAAACGGAACCGUUUAUAUCGCAUCCAAAUCGCAUUACUUCGGUGUCGGCGGCGGUACCUAUAGUUUCAUUGACUUCGUUGAAGCCGACGGACGGUUCGCCGCUGAGAUAUCGCACGAAAUCGAGACCCCAUUGAUCCGACAUAUUAUCAAACUUUCGCUCAAAUAA